GUGAGAGAGAAUGGAAAAAAGAGGGGGACAAAAAGAGGAGAAAGAGGAAAAGACAGAUAAAGAAGAGUGAGUGAAAGAGACAGAAGAGAGAGAAACUUUCUGUCUUUUCAAAACUCCAACUUCCCUCCCACUCCCUCUCCCUCUACCAGCUCUCUCUCUCUCUCUCUCUCUCUCUCUCUCUCUCUCUCAGACUCUCUCUGCUCUCUGCCCUGCAGCAGUAAAGAGGACGGCUCUCCUUCACUCACCCACUCUGGGAGUCGGUCUCUAGAGAUCCAGUGAGCGAGCGACCGGAGCCCCGGCAAGUGGACCCCAUGGCUUUUUCACACUUAAAAUGAAAAAGAAAAAGACUCUCUGCCUGCGUGUGUGAUCUGCGUGUUUUGAGUCCGAAGCGAAGAGUUUUCUGUGGAACACACUCCCGCGCUCCGUUUGGCUCAGGAAGUCACGGCCGCUCCGAAAAAAACGGCAGGAAAAGACGGAUAAAAACGCGUUCGGAUUCAACCAGAAGUGCAGUCUAUGGAAAUGCAGGAUCUAGCCAGUCCGCACAGUCGAGUCAGUGGCAGCAGUGAAUCCCCCAACGGCCCCAACCUCGAUAACACGCACAUCAACAACAAUUCCAUGACACCAAAUGGCACUGAAGGUGAUAACAUCACUAUGCUUACCACAGCUGACUGGUUGUUAAGUUCUAGUUCACAGUCUGCUGCAGUUAAAACAGAGCCAAUGAGCAGCAGUGACAUCACCACCUCUGUAGCAGACGGCUCGUUAGACAGCUUCUCAGGAUCAGCCAUUGGAAGCAGUGGCUUCAGCCCAAGACAAACGCACCAGUUCUCUCCGCAGAUUUACCCUUCCAACAGAACGUAUCCUCAUAUUCUUCCGACUCCUUCGUCUCAGAACAUGGCUGCGUACGGUCAGACGCAGUACACCACAGGAAUGCAGCAGGCCGCAGCCUACGCCACUUACCCUCAGCCAGGCCAGCACUACGGCAUCCCAGCCUACGGUCCAUUGUGGGCAGGCAUCAAGACAGAAAGCGGGCUGAGCCAAUCCCAAUCUCCAGGCCAGAGCAGCUUCCUCAGCUACAGCUCCAGCUUCUCCACACCACAGACGGGACAGGCACCCUACAGUUACCAAAUGCAAGGAGGCAGUUUUACAACAACAUCCGGACUGUACGCAGGAAGCAAUUCGCUCACAAACUCAACUGGAUUCAAUAGUACACAACAGGAUUACCCUUCCUACCCAGCAUUUGGACAGGGCCAGUAUGCACAGUAUUACAACAGCAGCCCCUACACAUCACCCUACAUGACCAGCAACAACACCAGCCCCACCACUCCGUCCACCACUGCCACCUACAUCCUGCAGGAGCCCCCGUCCGUCACCAGCCAAGCACUCACUGACCAGCCUGCAGGAGAGUACAGUACAAUCCACAGUCCAUCAACCCCCAUUAAAGAUUCAGAUUCGGAUCGAUUGCGUCGGGCUUCGGAUGGAAAGUCACGUGGCCGAGGGAGAAGGAAUAACAACCCGUCUCCACCGCCAGACUCUGACCUUGAGCGCGUGUUCAUCUGGGACUUGGAUGAAACAAUCAUCGUUUUCCAUUCCUUACUCACGGGGUCUUACGCCAACAGAUACGGAAGGGAUCCUCCGACGUCAGUGUCUUUGGGACUGAGGAUGGAAGAGAUGAUUUUCAACCUGGCGGAUACGCAUUUAUUCUUCAAUGACUUAGAAGAGUGCGAUCAGGUCCACAUCGACGACGUGUCCUCUGAUGACAACGGUCAGGAUCUGAGCACGUAUAACUUCAGUACAGAUGGGUUCCACGCUGCUGCCACCAGUGCCAACCUCUGCCUGGCCACGGGGGUGAGAGGAGGAGUGGACUGGAUGAGAAAACUGGCCUUCCGCUACAGACGAGUAAAAGAAAUUUACACCACCUACAAAAACAACGUCGGAGGACUGCUCGGCCCAGCCAAAAGGGAAGCCUGGUUGCAAUUGAGAGCAGAAAUUGAAGCUUUGACGGACUCCUGGUUAACACUGGCACUGAAAGCACUAACAUUAAUCCACUCAAGGUCGAAUUGUGUGAACAUCUUGGUGACCACAACACAGCUCAUACCUGCCCUCGCCAAGGUCCUGCUCUAUGGACUGGGAGUAGUCUUUCCUAUAGAAAAUAUUUAUAGCGCCACAAAAAUAGGCAAAGAGAGCUGCUUCGAGAGAGUAAUUCAGAGGUUUGGGAGAAAAGUUGUUUACGUGGUGGUGGGGGAUGGAGUAGAAGAGGAGCAGAGCUCCAAAAAGCACAAUAUGCCCUUCUGGAGGAUCUCCAGUCAUUCGGACCUCAUGGCCCUGCACCAUGCGCUGGACCUGGAGUACUUGUAGCACUGAGACAGCCUGUCCACACGGCCCUGUCCGCCCGUCUCCAGCCCUGUAGCCCUGUUUCACGCUCCAAAGCACCACCGAAAUAUCAUCAAUGCAUCACUGGGUCAGCCGAGUGUCCACCAUAAAAGCAAAAAGAAGAUUAAUCCGUAUGUUCAGAGAGUGAAAUCUGCGUGACCUGGUCAGCGCAUUGAUGUCGACCCACGAUUCGUCUUAACUCUAAAGCUUGUUCUCAAAGUCGGAGGAGAGUGAAUUUAUGAGGCUGCAGCUGCUGGCCAUGGUUACUGUGAAUGAGCUUCUUUUCUAAAGCCGUCAAAAUGUUUUACGGCCCGGCCCGCGCGAGGGUUCACACCUGUGAGGAAACCAGAGCUACUGGAGCUUUUGGAACUUCGCAAGGCUCCGACCCCACUGAGAUUCAGCCUAAUCCCCCCCCUACUCCUCGCCUUUAUUCUGUCUCCUUUUCUCUCCACAUAUCUCUAUCCAAUGGUACAGAGACAGCGGGGCAGCUCGGUCAGCCCUGGGUUAAAAAAGAAAACAAAAAAAAAA